AUGCCUACAGCCAACAACGAUAUGAGUGUUGAAGCUGUAUUACAUGCUCCUACUCCUUCCACUAGUCGUACUUCUGCUCCUAUCAAGGCCUAUAAGAAAUAUAUAAAAGUAGUUGACCAUAUCACUCAACUGGUGUAUGCUGGAUCUAUUUUUAUUAAUUACUAUGUCUUGGAACUUCUCGAGGAUGGUGAAGAAUUAUUUAUGAUGGCUCAAAAUUUGUUCUAUAGCAUGUUUUCCAUCUUUGAUGGCCAAGGAAAGCAUGCAUCUAAUAGUAUCAAGAAGAGUUUCAAGGCCUUUUGUGAAUCUACUUCUCUUACUCAACCCGACUUGUACAAGCGCGCAAGUAAAGGAUAUAUGACCAUUGCAUCUUCUAUGGCCAAGCAAUAUGAAACACUGAUCCAUAACUACAAGGAAAUGGAACAAAAGAAGCUCAGUCAAGAAACGAAGCCUCAAGGCAAAGCACCAAGCAGUUACGUCCACAGAAAAUCACAAGAGCUUCCUUUUGUCAAGAAGUUGAAUACAAGCAAGUACAGAUCAUUAAAGGAAAACACAUUGACUGCUAUCAAUUCCAACAAGCCCUUGGAAAUAACAAGCAAACUGAAGAACAUUGAUAAAAAGGAUAUUGAUGCUGUCCAAAGCUUUAUCAAAGCAGUACAAGCAAGAAUUCAAGACAAGACUUUCAUGCCUCUCAAGUACACUGACCCUCAAGGAUUAAGAAAUGUGAUCAUUACUGAUGGUUAUGCUGUAUUCUUCAUGUUUAAGAGAGCUGCUUCCAUCCAAGGUGAACCUAGAAGGGAACCAAAGGCUCCCAAAGGUUUUACUGAUAUUGCUGACGAUGCAGAAAUUUGGGAUGUUGAUCCUGAACACUAUCAUCUAUGUGGUUACAGUCUUGCUACAAGAAGACGAAAAGAACACCAAGAAUGUCAUUUAGACGAAUUUAGGUAUAUUAGUGAACUGCCUACUUUAAAAAUUGCAAACUUGACUUCGUUUUUUCUAGCUACCUCUACACGCCUACAAAACUAUCAAAGAAUCCAUAACUAUUACUGUCAAGAUAAAUGGUCUCAAAAGCUAAAGUUCAAAGUGUAUAUCAACAAGCAAAAAGGAACUCAAGAAAUUGUUAAAAGACUCUUUGAAAACAGCAAGAAAUAUGGCACAUCAAGCACAGUUGGCGCUAAAAAUCAAAACCCAAACAAAAGCAAACAUGAACCUUUACCUUCUGCUGACCUCCCUUCCUCCUCUCAAUGGAAGCGAAUCGUUGCACUCGAAGAUGGUCCUUUUUGUUCAAGUAUGAAAAGCAAAUGA